AUGGGGGGAUUAGGUCUCAAUGGAAUUGGGAGGAGGGAAAGGAAGGUCUACGGUGGUCAAGCUUCAUCGGCGUUAGAGAAAGAUUGCUCAGCUCCAUACGUGCGGAGUGCGAUCCUUCAGCUCGACGACAAUCGUGGAGUGCGAUUCUUCCGCUCUAGACGAGUUCAGUUUCCAGCAGGAGAUUUCUUGGCUCAAGGCUCUACGGUCGAGGCUCGCCCAUUGCGGCACCCAUAG